AUGUCGAUAAAGUUAAGAGAUUUGAUUAAAACUGUCAGAGGUUGUAAGACUGCCGCUGAAGAGCGUGCUCAAGUCGCUAAGGAAUGUGCUGCUAUUCGUACUGCUAUUAAGGAAGAUGACAUUGAUUCACGUCAAAGAAAUGUUGCAAAAUUACUUUAUAUUCACAUGCUUGGAUAUCCAACACAGUUUGGACAGAUGGAGUGUUUGAAACUCAUUGUAUCACCAUCGUACUCUGACAAGAGAAUCGGUUAUCUUGGUUUGAUGCUUCUUCUCGAUGAGAAACAAGAAGUACUAUUACUUGGUACCAAUUGUAUGAGAAAUGAUUUGUUAAGUCCAAAUCAAUUUGUAGUCGGUAUUUCAUUGUGUGCUUUGGGUAAUGUAUGCUCACAGGCAAUGGCUAGAGACAUUGCACCGGAUGUCGAAAAGUUGCUCUCCAACACCAAUCCAUACAUCAGAAAGAAGGCUGCUCUCUGUGCAAUUCGUAUCCUCCGUAAGGUUCCCGAUCUCAUCGAGAACUACAUGCCAAAGAUCAAGCAACUUCUUUCUGAGCGUAACCACGGUGUUAUCCUCACCGCACUCACACUCAUCAUUGAAAUGGUACCACAAUUUGUUAGAAUCUUAAAGACAUUGGUACAUUCUGGAUACUUGCCAGAGCAUGAUGUCAGUGGUAUUACAGAUCCAUUCCUUCAGGUCAAGCUGUUGAGAUUGUUGAGAAUACUUGGACAACACGAUCCAGAGGCAAGCGAUACAAUGAACGAUAUGUUGGCACAGGUUGCUACCAACACUGAAGGUUCAAAGAAUGUCGGUAACGCUAUUCUCUACGAGUGCGUACAGACUAUCAUGUCGAUCGACUCUGAAAACGGUCUCAAAGUUAUGGCUAUCAACAUUCUCGGUCGUUUCCUUUUGAACCGUGACAAUAACAUUCGUUACGUUGCAUUGAACACUCUCUCUAAAGUUGUCAACACUGAUAUUCAAGCUGUACAAAGACAUAGAAAUACUAUUGUUGAAUGUUUAAAGGACCCAGAUGUAUCAAUUCGUUGUAGAGCAUUAGAUUUAAUCUAUUCAUUGGUAAAUGAAACCAAUAUUAGAGUUUUGGUUAGAGAGUUGUUGAAUUUCUUGUUGAUCUCUGACUCUCAAUUCAAACCAGAAUUGGUUGCUAAAUUAUGUAUUGUUACAGAAAAAUAUGCACCAACAAAGAGAUGGCAAGUAGAUACAAUUCUUAGAGUAAUGUUGAUUGCCGGUAACUUUAUUCCAGAUGAAGUACCAUCGAAUUUGAUUCAAUUGAUCAGUUCAAAUCCAGAUCUCUCUUCAUACGCUGUUCAAAAGCUUUAUCUUUCAUUAGUAUCCGAAUCUUCUCAACAACCAUUAUGUCAAGUAGGUUUAUGGUGUAUUGGUGAAUAUGGUGAUUUAUUGGUUGCAGAUAAAUCACAACUUCCAAAGGAAGAAGAUGGUUUGGCAAUCACUGUCUCUGAAGCACAAGUUAUCGAUCUCAUCGAUUCAAUUCUCAAGAAUGCCUCUACCAAUCAAACUACUCGUCAAUAUGCUUUGACCUCUUUAAUUAAAUUAUCAUCUAGAUUCUCUCAAUCUUCAUUAAAUCGUAUUAAGAAUAUGAUUGAUAACUUUAAGAUUAAUAUCAAUUUAGAGUUACAACAACGUGCUUGUGAAUAUUCAAGUUUGUUUGGUUUGGAUCUAAAGUCAUCGAUUCUCGACAGAAUGCCUGCCAUUGAGAAGCCAGAGGAAUCACCAGCUCAAAAGGCACAACCACAUCAACAAAAUAACAAUCACAAUCAUCAAUCAAUUAGCAACAACAAUCAUCAACAACAACAACAACAAGAACCAUUCGGUACUCUCUUGUCAGAGUUGAAUUCACCAUCCACUCCAGUUCCAACUCAAAAUCAACAACAACAACAAUCGACCAUGUCUUUACUCGAAGAUAUCUUUGGUGCUCCACCAACUCCACAAUCAAACAACAGUAACCAACAACAACCAAUGCGUUCUCCACCAACCAAUAGUAAUAAUAACGGUGGAUAUGGUGGAGCUAGUUUAUUGGAUUUGAUGGGUGAUACUCUUUCGCCAACUUCAAGUUCUUCACCUGCACCAUUGUCCGCUGCUCCACAAUCACUUGUAUUCCCAGUUUACCAGAAACACGGUCUCAACAUAUCGUAUGACUGUAGCAAACCAAACGCAGAUCAAGUCAAUCUCACUCAGGUGGUGAUGCUCGUCACCAACACACUCGCUUCACCGAUUACCAAUCUCUCGGUUAAAGCAGCCGUUCCACAAUACCUAAAGAUUCAAUUGCUUCCACCCUCUGGAACCACUGUACCACCCAACAACUCUGGUGAAGUCACUCAAAUCGUCAAGGUACUCAAUACCUUACAAGGACAAAAACCAAUUUUACUCAGAUUGAAAUUAGAUUUUACUGUGAAUGGUGAAAAUAUCAGUGAAAUUGCAGAUACUCCUUUGCCAUCCCAAUUCUAA